AUGAUAAAUUCGAGCGAAUUCAAUGGAUAUGUGUGCCAGUGUGCAAAUCCACAAUCCUUCGGAAAGAAUUGUGAAUAUCUCUUAUCAAUAGGUACGACAUUUGCGCAGACACUUACUGCAGAAAAUGCACUAAAAAUAAAGGAUUCAAAGUAUGUACAAUUGUAUGGUGAUAUCAUUUGCUAUAUGACAUUAGAAUGUGAUUAUGGUCUACUAUGCCUAGACUGGCGAGAUAUCUGUGAUGGAGUCCAACAAUGUAUGUUAGGAUUAGAUGAAGAGAAUUGUGACAAACUUGAAUUUAAUGAAUGUGAAAAUGAUGAAUAUCGAUGUAUGAAUGGAAUGUGCAUUCCCGAAGAAUAUUUUCUUGAUGGUGAAUUUGAUUGUUUAGAUUGGAGUGAUAAAAUUCAAUAUUAUGAUGAUAAAAACUGUACAAUAGAAGAAGCUAGUGUUCAAUGUGAUGAUAGAAUCUGUCCACCAAAUCAAUGGUCGUGUGGUGAUGGACAAUGUAUUCUUGAUCGAUUUUAUUUUCAGAUAUCACCAAAAACGGAAUUUCAAUGUCGAAGUCGACGUGAACAAUAUUUUAUUUGUGAAACGAAUUUGUUUCCAUCUCUGUGGACAAUACCUAAUGGUCGAUGCUAUGAAGGUUGGGGAUACGAAGAAUUAAAUAUGAACAAUCAUACUAAUCAUGAACAAUGUCAAUAUCUUCUCAAAUGUGCUCUAUCAAGUGGAGCAGAAAAACAUUGUCCUUGUGAAUAUAUUGCUGUCUGUGCUCAUCAAAUCGACGCUACUUGUUCUUCGGAUUAUAUUCAAUAUCCUCAAGCUGGAAUCUUGGCUCCAUAUGUCUUAUUUUUUUAUGAUCGAAAGAAAGAUUUGUUUACAUUAAGUCCAAGUCAUAUUCUAAUCAAUGGAACAAUUAAAUGUAAAGGAAUAUUAACCAAUAUAACCGCCGUUCUAUCCAGACAUACUUUCACACUUUAUCAACUCGAACAAACAUUAUGUCGAGAGGCAAACUAUGAAUCUCUUCUUGGUGAUCAUAGUUAUUAUCAACAUUGCCACCACAUAUCAUUAACGUUCAAUAAUCAUUCAUACAGUUCUAGCGACGUUUGCAACGAAUCAAAAGAAUGCAUUUCAACUUAUCGCAUCAAAGAUCGAUUUAUAAAUUGUAUGGAUGAAAUGGACGAAAUUUUGAGAGAAGAUGAGAAUAUAAAUGAAUGCAGAGAUUGGUGGAUAUGUCCACAAGAACAGUGGCAAUGUGAUAGUGGACAAUGUAUUGAUGAAAGAUGGGUGUUAGAUGGCGAAUGGGAUUGUGCCGACGCAUCAGACGAAAAUAAUCUAUUCAGUCGAUCGAUACCAGAUCGAAAUUUGCAGUUGGUUCAACUUGAUGUACUUAGACGUAGAUUCAUUGAACUAAAUGUACUGAUACCAUUUUCAACAAUUUGCAACCUAACAACAGAAUUUCCAUGUUUUCCUGUCAAUGUUUCUAUUUCCUUGAGUAAUUUAACAUUUAAUCAAUCUUGCAUUAGUCAACAUAAAAUUGGUGAUGGUCAUAUUGAUUGUUAUGGAGCCAUUGAUGAGCGUAAUACUCUAGAAGUUUGUCAUCAACCAACCAUGCUGGGAUAUAAUUUCAAAUGUAUGUCAACUCAUCAAUGUAUUCCAUAUUGGAGGCAUUGUUCAAUAGAUCGAUGUAAUACGACAUCAGACGAUAGAUUCUGGUGUGAUCUUUGGCAAAAUUCAUCUAGUUGCGAUGAAAUUUCAGAUUCAGUUUGUUUUAAUGGCACCUGUGUGAAAAAGGGUCGAUGUAAUCGAAUUCCACAAUGUUCUUUUGGUGAAGAUGAAUAUAUGUGUGAUUAUGAAAGUAUUUCCAACUGGAUCAAUAUACCUUAUCGUAAAGAGAAACACGUAAUCGGUAAGAAUGUUGCACAAAAACUUCGAUUGAUCCAAUUUCCAAUUAAUGCAAAGGUCACUAAAUCAAUCAAGCAUUUGUCUUCUGUCACUCAAACAACACCAACAACAACGAUUUCGUCAAAUACUACAUCAUCGUUUAUUGCUUAUUGGUGUAAUCGAGGUGUUGGCAUAGAAAUGUAUAACAAUUCAAUCGCUUGUUUUUGUCCACCACAAUAUUACGGUGACAAAUGUCAAUUUCAUGCUGAUCGAAUAAUUCUACUUCUUCAUCUUAAUCUUUCUCAACCAAUCUAUACAGUCGAUAGCGAAAUUCAAAUUGUACUUAAGAUGGUAGUUCUAUUUCUUUUCAAAAAUGAAAUAAUUAUGAAUCAUUUAUUUCAUGUUCGACCAGUAGCUGAAAUAUUCGUUUAUACGAAAAAGAUGAUUCAUUUUCUCUAUUCUCGUUCAUCUCAAUCGCUUCAACAUAAGAGAGAACGAUACUUCAAUCAAUCAAAUAUCAUCAAUCAUCAUCCAUAUUCGAUUCGAAUUGAAAUGUACGAAAGAAAAGACACUGGGGAACCUGAACUAAUGGCAGUAUGGCAAUAUCCUGUCUAUUUUGACUACUUACCUGUCUUCCAUCUAGCUAAAGUUCUUCGAUUGACUAAAUUAAAUCUAAAUAAAAAUCCAUGUUCAAGUAAUCCUUGUAAUCAGAAUCAACAAUGUCAACAAUUACUCAAUGAAAAAUAUAAAUAUAUUUGCCUUUGCAAGAGUAAUUUUGGAGGAGAAAAUUGUUCUAUUGAAGAUCGUCUUUGUAUUAAUGAUUAUUGUGCAUUCGGAUCCCUAUGUAAACCAAAUUAUCGAGGUUUAUUAGCUGGAAAUCAACUACCUUAUUGUAUUUGUUCAUUUAGUCGAUUUGGUGAACAGUGUGAUAUUCAGCAUGAUCAAUAUUUAUCAAACCCUUGUUAA